GAAGAUAACGGGCUGCAAGUUAAAGCUGCCGGCUCUCCCUGAAUGUGCCUCGGAGAGAAAGAAAGAGAAAGCAGGAAGAUCUGGGCUGCAGGUUAAUGAAAGGACAGCCAACCAGGGCUCACCUUAACACUCCUGGAAGUCACCCCAGGGUGCCACGGCUCACUGAUUGAAAACCAGUGUAACAGGCUGACGAAGGUGAUUGUAUUGGAAUUAUUAAGGGAACGUUAAGGAGGGAGGGAGGGUGGAAUGUUGGAGGUGAGUGAAGAUUGGAUGAGGCUUUGAAUGUUGCAGGUGAGGCAGUUGAGAGCUGUGGGUUCGGGAAGGGUGGAUCCGAAGCAGGGCUGGGCAACUAAACUAUUCAGCUUAGGAUCAGUAGUACAGUCGCCAUCGUCGCAAUAAAACAGCAUAUAAGAGAAAGUCAGUUUGAGACCAUAUGCUUACAUGUGCAAGUCUCAUACAGUCCUUGCUUGUCAUUUUUAACAGAUUAACUGUCUUACAUUAGUAAUUUUUGUGUGUAUGCUGGGAAAGACUAACAUCCUGCCACUCCCGUUCUGAAUUCGAGUCACACCCGGCGAGAAAACAAUUUAUUGAAAAAGAUCCAGUCCGGAUAUAACGCUCUCAAGCCAUUAUUAUUUUAUUGGUUUUUUUGGGGGGGGACGCAGACCCCUAAACAUUUUGUGAAUAUUUGUACUUUUGUCCAUUUACUGUGUUUAUUUUUCCCGAUUUGAACUAUAAAACGGUGAUUGUCUUGAGUCAAAAGGAGAGUAAACAUUUUUUUAGAAAAACAGCACUUCGUCUUCUUACUACUGUACUGCGUUUUCCCGCAGCCAAAGUAGUUAUAGGAAAUCACGGGCAGCUCCCGGGAACCAAUCAGAAAGAGACAGGAAGAAAGGAGGAAGCGGUAUUGGAGGGCGUUGAAAGGGGAGGGAGGAGGAACACGCCCGCGCGGGUGACGUCACCGCCGGCCUUGUUUGCCGCCUGGGCGUGGCUUACCCCUGAAGCCAUUUUGUCCCACACCCCCUCCCCUGAGAGCGGGGAGGUGGACGGGGGGGAAGGCGCGAGGCAGCGUGGGAGAAAGUAGGCGGGGCUUCGAGGAAAUAGCGGCGUCUGAUUGGGCAGAGGCGGGAUUGCGGGGCGUGGCCGGCUCUGCCCCUCCGCCCUGAGGCGUCCGCUUUUAAGCUUCCUGUCAGUCUGUGCCCGAGGAGGGAAGGAGGCCGGAAGUGCCUGCUGUGGGUCUUUUCUUUUCUCCCCUCAACCCCGCGACAGCCUUCUAGCAAAAGGAGGAGAUGGCCGUAAUGGAAAUAGCUUGCCAAGAUGCUCCAGUUAUCGUUGGGCACCCAAAGGAGCUUCCUACGGAUAAGGGACCGAAGAAGGUGGUGACUGAGAAAAAGAGCAGCGUUUGCAAAGUAGAGGAUCCAGAGAAAAAUGUGUUCCAGGGACCGUGGAAGAUUCUGAGCGACGUGAUUGCCAAAGGAACUGCCAAGGAAGACAGUGGGAAAGGGAGCUUAGCCUCCAUCUCCAUCAUUGCCCAGGCAGAAUGUGAGAUCAGCCAGGAGUUCAGCCCUACGUAUUCUGAGAGGCCUUUUCUUGCUGACACCAAACGAUUCAGCCGGUCUUGUAGCCUCGAUCAGAUCCCCAACAAUGUGGCCUACGCAACUGAGGGCAAAAUCGCCCCAGCCUACAGGAAAGCCAUGCAUCGUGGCAAGUCCCGGAAGAAACGGCGAAAGAAAAGAUCCCAUCUUCUGACACACAAGGAGUCGGCCUCCCCACCUCACAAGCCAAGAACCCCAGAGCAGGAGAGCUGCAUGCCAAUUCCAGUGCAGGAGGAUGACUCGCCCUCGGACACCCUCUUCAGUAGCGCUUCCUGGCUUUCAAAGUCAUGCAAGGAUUUGGGCUGCGAUCUCAGCCCCUUGGAGAAACCCAAACAAGCUCUACCUGCUGGCAAGUUGGACUUGCUGAAGAACCGAGGAAAGCUAGAAUUACACAAGCUGAUCAGCCCUGCUCAGUGCCUGAGCCAUGUCUGGAAGGCCCACACACAAGACAUUUUGACCCCUCAGUCAGAGACUCCACACCCCUUCCCUUAUCGGAAGUUCCCCCUUGAUUUCUGUGGCUACAGCGACCUCUUUCCUCCCUUGAAACUCAACCCUCUGAGGACCCAUCUCUUUGAUGAGCUUUCCUGUGUGGAUGGUGAGCAACGCCUCUCAGGCCUGAGCCUGGAGCGGAGCUUCUCCAAAUGUAGCCACCAGCCUGCAGAAAGCAUCUCAGACAAGCUGUCCAUGGAAGAAUUUCUGGUGGAUGCCUUGAAGGGAAGUGUAAUCCUCGGAGAACCAAGAAACCUAGCUUGUUUAGCCAAGACCUGGAAAGGAGGUGGAUUGAGUCCAAAGGGGAUGGAUGGAAAUGAAGGGGUGCUGCUUAUAGAGAAACUGAAAGCCGUGGAUUAUGAGUAUCGCGAAGGCGUCCACUGGACCAAAUGUCCAGGCUUGCUUGGCACAGGAUCGUUUGGUGAAGUGUACAAAAUGGAGGACAAGCAGACGGGCUUUCAGUGUGCUGCCAAAAAGGUGCGGAUCGAAAACUUCCGUGCAGAGGAGCUGAUGGCGUGCACUGGAGGGGUGCAUGCCAAAGUCCUCCCGUUAUACGGAGCGGUGAAGGAGGGCCUGUGGAUUACUCUCUUCAUGAAGCUAAUGGAAGGUGGGUCCCUUGGCCAGCUCCUGAAGCAACGCGGUUACCUGCCGGAGGACCGAGCUCUGGAUUAUCUAGGCCAAGCGCUGGAAGGCCUGGAGUACCUUCAUGCUCACAGCAUUCUCCACGGAGAUGUGAAAGCUGACAACAUCCUCUUGUCCGGCGACAGAAGCCAUGCUGUCCUCUGCGACUUUGGUCACGCAGCUCACCUUCACCUGGAUGGCAUGGGGAAGCAUUUGAUGACGGGGGACUAUGUUCCUGGCACAGAGACCCACCUGGCCCCCGAGGUGGUGAUGGGGAAGCGCUGCGACUCCAAGGCAGACGUCUGGAGCAGCUGCUGCAUGAUGCUGCAUCUCUUGAACGGAUGCCACCCCUGGACCCAGUACUACAACCACCCUCUGUGCCUCAAGAUAGCCAAAGAGCCACCUCCAUUGAGAGAAAUCCCACCCUCCUGCCACCCAGCCACCGCCCAUCUCAUCAAGGCGGGUCUUGAGAAGGAUCCGACCCAACGGGCCUCUGCAGCGGAGCUAAGGGUGAAAGCCUGUGAGGCCCUUGAAAAGGUGGGAGGCCUGAAGAGCCCCUGGAGAGGAGAAUACAGACAACCCCGAAAUCUACAGUUGGCCCCAGAGCCUAGUCUCCCAGACCCACCGCUGCCAAUCCCGGAGCCUCCUGAAUGCCACACCCUCCCACUUCCCCGCCACGGUCUGGCCGAGAAGGCGCAGUUCAUCCCUCUGAGCACGUGCAAGGAACUAAUGCAGCCGUGCGACUCCCUGCAGCUCUGCUUCCUGCCUCCUCUCAGCGCCAAGAGGGGCAGUUUGACAGACUGGAGAACCACGUCCUUUGAACUUGAGCUUCAGCAGCUGGAGUUUGAGCUGAUUCGAAACAGCCUGUCUCAGCCCUUCUCUCUGGAGGAACAGGAGCAGAUGCUGUUGUGCCUCAGUCUGGACAGUGCUCUCCCGUCAGACGCCAGUGAGAAGGACUCAUUGAAAACAUCUCAGAGCCUGAAGGAAACCAUGAGUUCUGGAGUGGGUUCGUGGAACAGCCAAACAGAUGGGCAGAGCAACAGCUGGAACAGCUGGCUGCAUCUCAGCAGGAAUACAGAUAUGCCUACCUACUUUGAUGGAGUGAAAAUUGAGAUCCGCUUGCUCAGCGGGGAGAGUCUCCACAUCCGAGAGUUUCGUGGCGCCAAGGUGGGAGAUGUAGCCAUUGGAAUCAGCAGCCAGAUACCGGCCUCUGCUUUCAGCUUCUUCACCAAGGAAGGCCAACCCGUCCGCUGCGACAUGGAGGUCCCUGAUUUGGGCAUCGAGCUUCAGUGCACCCUUGCUCCUGACAGCAGCUGUGGCUGGAGCUGGAGGGUCAAACAUGGCCAACUAGAGAAGAAGCCUUAAGGGAUGCUGUCUCUCCCCACGGCACUCCGGUGAUAUCCCCCAUGGAGCCAGAUGUGGUAUCUGCAGAUAGCUGAGUGCUGAAUAUUGUUGGUGGUUGUAGGUUAUAGGUUUGGUUCCUCUCUGCUUCUCUGCCAGCCCUUGUGUGCAGCCAGGUUUAUGGGCUGGGUGGCAGAAAAAAACUGAAUUAUUGUGUCUGCGUUUAUGAAACUGACCCAGAAGACUAGGAAGAACCUGAUCUGCUGGGUUGCGGGCAGGCGGUCAAUUUCUUAACCCAACCACCUUCUACCAAUCCCAAGGAAAAUGGGAAGUUCUGAUUUGCCCAGUGGGGCUUAGUAAAGUUCCCCAAACCCAGCAAUGGGCUUAGAGGUGGGGAACCUCCUUGGAGACCAAGCACAUCAGGUCACCUUGGCCAACUCACUUUCUCAUCACCAUUCGAUGCGGCACGCUUGUUGCCUUGCAAAAACCGUUGCCCUGAGCAGCUUGGAGGAAUGUAGUCAGCAACACAUAUCUGAUUCGCUUGGGAACUUCCUCAGCGAAACUGGUAGCAUGCUGCGGCUUCUUGCGAAAGCUCAGAAAUCUGUGAUGGAAGAUUUGUCGUAUUAAAUUUCAGUUGCACGGCAAUUUUCCUAGCUAUGCAAUGGACAGCCAGCUUUGAUUUUGUGCACCAUCCAGUGCCUAUGGCAGCCCACCAGUGCUUUGAUGAUAAGAGCACCUGCUCUUGCUGCCUGCCUUGUGUGGCCAAAAACCUCAAAGGCCUUAAUAUGCCUGAGCCCUGUUUGGCUUGGUGAAUCGCUACUUGGCCAAAUUUUGGUGAGCUUAAAAUUUCCAGGGGGGGGGGAUUCUUGCAGAAGUCCGGGCAUCAAAUUUCUCCCAUAUACCACAGUGCCCCUUUUGGGGUGCUUGAGGGCUGUUUUCUGUGCUUGGCGUCACAACGCAACCAGCCUUGCAUUCCAUCUCAUGGAGAAAUGCGUGACAGGAUGGGAAAUCACUUGAGUGUGUCUCAGUUUGUUCAUAUAAUCCGGACCUGUAUUGUUUGUAACCCAUCAAACCCAAUACACCUUGGCAGACUUGUACUGUAGCCAAACAGUUGCUUUGUAGGUUUUUGCCGCCCCUGGACAGGCAGCAAGAAAUGGGAAGUUUGAUUUUUAUUUUUUUUUGGCUUGGUGGGUCACCAGUUGGGGGAGCCUGAUACGGAUCCUUUCAUAGAUAUGUUUUCAGCUGCAACCCCCAUUGGUGAUUGGUGAAGACCGACACAGACAUUUCAAGUGGAUCUCCUUACGUUUUAGGUUUUGGUUCCAUUUUCUUUUCUUUUUCUGCCCUAAAUAGAGAGAACUGCAUGUGUCUUAACAGAGCCAGGGCUAUGCAUGCUUACUCAGAAAUAACCCCACUGCAGUCAGUGGGAUUUUACCCCGAACUAAUUGUGUACAUAGGAUUGCAGCCUUAGAAAUCCAAACUCUAUAGCAGAAGAGUUUUAGGCAAAAUGUAAACUUGAAAUAAAGUAAGCAAAUCAGUACAAUAUAUAUGAUUUUUUUAAUAUAAAAAAAACACACCUGGGUGCAUAUUGGCACAGUUGACCUUGUAGAAUUUGGAGUGGCUUUAUUCUGUGCCAAGUGAUGUGGGUAAAUGAAUGAAAGUGACUAGAUGAGGAACUUCCUUAGGAGGGAAGUCCUCUUUCCUUGUUGGGUACAAGGAUGUCCUGCUAUGACAAAGCCUUGCCUGAAGCUUUACUAAGCUAUGAAUCUGAACCCACUUCCUUGCUGAGCUUCCUAUCUGGAAUACUAAUGCCGCCUACAAAACGAAGGCUGGCUAAUAUCAACCCUACAGCCAUGGCGCUGCAGGGAUUGGAGACUAGAAGGCAGCCAUUCUGGGACGGCUUUGGCCAUUCUCAGGUGGCAUAAAAUGGUUUGGUUUUUUCUUUUCUUUCGGAACUAAGGUUAUUCUAUCCCGUUUGGGUUGAUUCUACUGUCAGGCAAGGAAUUUGCCUCUUUCUAAACUCUCUGAAGUAGGGUAGAAAAAACAGAAGAGGUGUGUUUUUAAAAAGGAGGGACAUCAUAGGGCAUCUUCACCCUUUUCCAAAUCACCUGCUCCCCUAGAAGAGCUUCCUUUUCCCAAACCUCCCUUGGUGUGCGCGUGCCAAGAGGAAAUAUUUUACAAUAAGCCACUUUAAAGGCCAACAUCAUCUCAGUCCAGCCUUCGUCAUGGUGUGCGUGGCAGCCAGCACAAAGGCAUAAAUUGCCAUCAAGGCUGCGGUAAAAUCAGCAAACCAAGGUUUACGGCCUUAUUUUUACAGGAAAACGAAUGGAACUGGUACAGGCGCCACCUGGUGUGUAGAAGAGGCACUGCAUGAGCUUAGAAGGGGAAAGGCUGGGCAAAAGGAGUAUGUUUUUGGUUGCUACCGAGUUAAAUGGCAGGGAAUUUACCAUUUAGAAAAGGAAACUGGGGCAGGGAGGCCUACACUCCUAGCUCCUUUAGUAAUCUCUUUGUCCCAUUGCUCUUCUCUGCAGCACGUUAGACCUACAUCCUGCAAGCCUUGUUCAGUUCUUGCAUGCAGCUGCUGAAAGAGGGAGACAGGACAGGUUAUCUACCAGCUUUUUGAGAGGCAAAUGUUCUUGCUCCCCAUUUAGAUUGGAGCUCUUGUGUACUUAGUGGUCUCCACUAGCCCUGUGGCUUUACAGCCAAUGGCCCUUCUAGUCUAUACCAUUUACUGCAGGAAGACCUUCUGGAGCAGAGGUGGUGAACUUGCGGCCCUCUAGAUAUUUUGGGAAAUAUUCCAUCCUCCAUGCUAGCCCCUGGGCUUCUGAGUGCUGUAGUUCAGCAAUACAGUCGGCACCAUGGAAGCCUGGAGUGGGUAAUAUGAAAGCACUGAUUCUUUGCCUUGCUUUCAUUCAUUCAUUUCAUAUGUACUCUUUCCACUUGCUCUGCAAGUUUGCUUUAGGAAACGAUCAUAUUUUUCAGAGGGUUGGCUGGCUGGCUGUGCUGUACUUUGUUUUCAGAAGUUUGAACUGUGAGCUGAAUAGCUGUGUUUUGCUCUGCAAGAGAAGACUCUGCAGUCUUUGUCUGCCCUUGAUUUUGAAGAGACAAACGUAUUUUGUGUGUGUAGGGGGGUGGUUCCUCAAUUUGAAGGGGUGGGGAAAGUCCUGGGAUAUGAUCACAGCCAGACUCCUCUAGACUCUUUGGUUCUUGUAGAUCCAAGGGCUCCAGUGCAGGGAAUGUUAUUUCCACUCGAAUUGUUAACAUCAGUGGGGCAAAAUAGUUUUUAAGAUGGGCACAUGCCCGCUUUUCUUUGGAUUCAAGUUAGUUCUGCCAGUUGCCAGACCUAUGCAAUACUAACAGUGGCCUAAAUCUGUUAGUACCUUCUUUUGCCUUUCUAUGAUGUUCCAGAACACCGUGAUAAUGUAUGUAUUGCUGUCGUGGAAAUGAAGCAAAAUCACGCCUUUUUGGGCAACAACUGA